GGAUGUGGCCAUAUUAAGUCUGACUUUCGACAAUCAAUCACACAACCCUGUGAGAAACGCAUGGAUAAAAGCUUCUGCUCUUACAAAAAAACCCAACAAGGAUGCAUUGUACAAUAUUCCUGGUUCUGGUCCAGACAUUACUAUGUGUGGCUACAGAUGACUCACCUUUUCAACUUAAUAACAAAGCUACUGGCUUUUGUUUGGUGAAAACAAAUAAUCAGUGCAAUGAGAUACGCUGGACAACUGGUGACCGCCUUCUGGUACCGCAGAGCACUCGCAAGUGUCUGGGAGUACAAGGAAAAAGUGUGGGGAGUGAAAUCAGCCUUUACGACUGCGACGAAAAUAGUGAACUCCAAAAGUGGGAAUGCAAGAAUGAAACAGUUCUUGCUCUCAAAGGCCAAGAACUUUACAUUGAGCUCAAUGCUGACAACACAGCAGUUCUCUCUAAAACAUUAGGACCCAACAACCACCUCACCAUUUCAGGGACAUCCAAAGGAGCUUGCACAAGAACAUUCAGAGAAUUGUUUAGCAUUGGUGGAAAUGCUGCUGGGCUCCCCUGCAUGUUUCCAUUCAUGUACAAAGACCAGUGGUACUCGGACUGCACUACAUUUGACACUGCAGACCAGCAGCUUUGGUGUGCAGUUGAAACUAAAUAUGAGAAUGAACGAUGGGGAUACUGCCCAACUGCUUCUAGAUAUACCUGGAAUAAUCACCCAAUAACUGGAGCAUACUACCAGCUCAAUAGACAGGCAGCUCUGACUUGGCCCCAGGCUGAAGUCAGCUGCAAACAGCAGGGUGCCUCACUGCUCAGUAUCACUGAUCCUAAUGAGCAGGCUUAUGUCACAGCAAUCCUGGGUGAAGGGGGCAGUAAGCUUUGGAUUGGGCUAAUUGUUGAUCCAGAACAUGGCUGGAAGUGGACUAACGGGAGGCCUUACCGUUACAUAAAAUGGGACUCUGGACACCCACUUCCCAGUCCAGGAUACACUUGUGCAAUUCUUGAUCCCGCUACACGGUACUCCUGGCAAAGUUUAUCUUGUACUAAGAAACUGGGCUACAUCUGCUACAGUAAAAGUGCAGAAGAAACUCCUACCCAAGCUGCCGAGACUGGUUUUUGCUCACAAGCCUGGAUUCCAUACAAUGGUCACUGCUUCCACCUUAAUCGUACUCAGAAAACAUGGCCCGAAGCUCAGAGACAAUGCCGUGAUGAAGGAGGGGAACUUGUCAGCAUGCGCAACUUGGAAGAUCAAAGCUUUGUCAUCUCUCAACUUGGAUAUGAAUCCACUGAUGAGCUUUGGAUUGGCCUGAAUGACAGGAAGACAGAGGGGCUGUUUGACUGGAGUGACCAUGCAACUGUCAGCUUUACUAGUUGGGAGUAUGGCAAACCAGCUGUUGCCACUAAUACAAAAGACUGUGUUCUUAUCAGGGGAAAAAAUGGAAACUGGGCCGAUGAUACAUGUGAAAGUAAACAUGGCUUCAUUUGUAUGAAAAUGAGUGCCUUAACGCCCUCUGGAGAAGAAGUGGAGCAGGAUCCGGACUGCAAGACAGGCUGGAGGAAACAUGGGUCAUACUGCUACUUCAUUGGGACAAACAAAAAAACCUUUGAUGAAGCUAAAGAUGACUGCGAGGUUUCAAAUUCCUACUUAGCUGAUGUUUCAACUGGGGUGGAUAACGCAUUUCUUGUCAGCUUGGUGGGCUUGAGACCAGAGAAAUACUUCUGGAUUGGACUUUCAAACCAGAAAAACAUUAAUGAAUUUGUGUGGACCAACACAGACAAAGUAAGGUUCACUCACUGGAACGCUGAAAUGCCAGGUCACCAACAGGGCUGUGUUGCCAUGAAGACUGGAAUUUAUGCUGGCCUCUGGGAUGUGCUGCCGUGCACCAAUAAGGAGAAAUACAUCUGUAAGCAUAAGGCAGAAGGGGCCGUUUUAACCCCUGCUCCACCCACUAACAACCCUCCCAAGUGUGCAGAUGGCUGGACAAAGUUGCCAUCUAGAAACUCCUGCUUUAAGGAGUUUAUAGGGCAACCUUUUAAACAAAGGACCUGGUUUGAGGCUAAAGAUUACUGCGUGGCAAUUGGAGGCGACCUGAUCAGUAUCCACAGUGCUUUGGAUGAAGAGCUACUACAGAAUAAACCAAGUUAUAGCUAUCGGUCAAACACAGUCUGGAUUGGACUAAGUGCCCCUGACCCAGGCGCCGGAUAUGUAUGGAGUGAUGGAUCCCCACUUCAUUUUCAAAACUGGCAGACUGAUGAGCCAAAUAAUAAAAAUAAUGUGGAAUCAUGUACUGAAAUGGAAGUACGCGGAAGUAGGAUGACAUAUGAACAAAGUGGAUCCUGGAAUGACAUUCAUUGUGAGGUGUACCAUGGAUGGAUAUGUCAGAUUAAUGCUGGAGUUACUCCAAAACCAGCCCCAGGCGACGUCACUCCUGACUAUAACACAACCUCAGACGGGUGGCUAGAAUGGAAUGGGGCCCAGUACUAUAUUAACAGUGCUUCUAUGGCUAUGGAGGAUGCUCGACGCUACUGUCAACAGAGGCAUGGGGACUUGGUAACUAUCCACAGUGAAGCUGAAAAUGUCUUCUUAUGGAAACAGGUAUCCAAAAAUCAUGGUCUUUACUGGUUAGGUCUGAAUGUAGAUCUUGAUGGAUCAAGUGGGUGGAUGAAUGGUGAUCCAGUGGUAUUUGAAAGAUGGGAUGAAAAUCAACCCGAUUUCAAGCACAAUGAUGAGAAUUGUGCUGCCAUGACAAAUUUUAUGGGGUUUUGGCAUGAUUAUAAUUGUGGCUUUGAUCACAAAUCUAUUUGUAAACGCACUAACUCACCACCUGUCAACGCCACUGUAGUGCCAACAGUUUUACCCACAGGCAACUGUCCAGAGACGUGGAAAAAAUUUAACUCAAAGUGUUACAGCAUUAUUACAGAGAAGGAGACAUGGGAAGGAGCCAGAUCACAAUGCAAAGCAAAAGGAGGAAAUCUGGUCUCAAUUCUCUCAAGACAUGAACAAGUAUUUCUGGCUAUGGAAAUGGCCAAAGCGCCUACCACAGACCUGUGGAUUGGUGCACAUAACAAACAUGGUAAAUUUGUCUGGACGGAUGGGCGACGAAUGUCAUACACAAACUGGGGUUCUUAUCGCAAUACAAUUAGAAGAAUACAUGAUCUUUACUGGAAUCCUCAUGUCCGUUAUCACAUGAUUGACAUGGACUAUGAGGAGCGGCACUUCAUCUACUCGUUUGAAGAGAAUCGGUGUGUUUCAAUGACUACUGAUACUAAAAUUGGUAUUGGGAAGUGGGUAAAAAGGUCCUCCUGCAAUGAUACUUGUGGAUAUGUCUGCCUUCAAAAUCUAGUGCCAUCAGAACAUAUGUCCCCUGAUCCAACAAUUCCUACAGGAUAUGUUAAAAUUUUUAAUGACUCUAUGAAGCUUGUUACGGAAAAAAUGAACUGGGAUGCAGCAAACAAAUACUGUAAAGAUGAUGGGGCCGGCUUGGCUAGCCUUCGAAAUGAAUGGACAAAAACGUACAUUGAACUAAUGGCUUUGAAUCUUCAAGCUCCUCUGUGGAUUGGACUCAACAAAAAACUGACUGGUGGAUAUUUUAGAUAUAUUGACGGUUGGCAUAUGUCCCUUUCUAACUGGGGAGCAACGGAACCAAGGACAGACCGACCUUGUGUGUACAUGGAUGUGGAUGGAACCUGGAAGACUGCUUACUGCAGUGAGAACAAAACAACCGUUUGCAUGAAGUCCACAGAUGUAGCACCAACAGAGCCAAGCAGUUAUCCGGGAUAUUGCCCUGAAGAUCCAGAAACAUCUCGAUAUAAUCGCCACAAAUCAACAUGGCUAUCAUUUAGGGGAAACUGCUACCUUUUUAUUACAGACACAGUUUCUUGGUCUCAUGCAUCUACUAGCUGUGUACAACAUGGUGCAAGUCUUGCCAGUAUUGAAGAUCCCUUUGAGCAAAGUUUUAUUGAAAGAAAUAUAAAAACAUUUGAAGACAGUCAGAGCUCCUUCUGGACUGGCUUGUAUAAAACUCACUCAGGCAAAUGGCAAUGGUUGGAUAAAACAGUCAUCGACUACAGUAACUGGGAAAAUGGUAUAUCUGGUCAAGGUGAUUACGGCAUGAUUAAAUCUUCAAAUGGAAAAUGGAGGUCAGGUACCCGGUGGUCCGAGAAACCAUAUAUCUGCAAAACACCCAAAGUCCCAGGCACAUAUGAAACAACAACUGAAAAACCUAGAGUGGAACUUCAACCCGGUCGCCAUCACAUCAUUUUGUCAGCUGUGAUGGCGACUCUGCUGACUGUCAUUGGCAUAGCCAUACUUUUAUUCAUCUUUAAGAAGUCUGGUCACCACCUAACCAUCUCUGAAAAGUUCAAUACUUUUGACAACCCACUCUUCUUCAACAAUGAACGAGCCCGGCCUGAUCUGGUGGACACCAAUAAGCUGGUAGCAAAUGACGAGGAGGAGAACUCUGGGUCUGUUAUCACAGUGUAAUAUAUCAGCAGAAGCUUGCAAGAUCAGUAAUUUCAUUUUACGUUGUGUUGUAAAUGAGUUUCAGUGACUCUGACAUAAAAUGGUCUUAAUAAACACAAUUACUGCAAUAUUUGACCUCCUUAGAUUGCGAAUGAGAAAGUGUUGAUGAAACUAUUGGUUUAUUGAAAUGCUUAGCUUUGCAUAAGUUUACCAAUAAAUAAAAAAUAAUAAUUUAAAUAGAUUUUCAAUAGAUUUUUAGUUUAAGAUUUUAUUUAGUUUUAUUUUUUUCUAAUCAACCACUUCUAUCAAAUAUUGUACUUUACUGGUCAUUGUUAUUCAGUGUUUGUCUGGCAAAGUAAACAGUGACUAUUGAUUUUUCUGCUCCAUUUAAAAGGGAUAUGGAAUGUAUUGUAUACUGAGAUCCAAUAAAACGACUGGAAAGAUA